UACUGUGUGAGCUGUGAUUGGUCACAGCUUGUCACAUGGUACCAGGCUGUUGUGAAUAGCCCUGUGCCAUGUGAUCUCUGUGAUCAUUCACAGAUUUCGCACGUAGUAAGCGAUGAUGUCAGAAGUGAUAUCUUGCUUACUACUCUUCAUGUGAUCACUGAUUGGCCAAUCAGUGAUCACAUGAUCGGGAUCUCACACAGAGGUCCCGUACAACAAUCGGUGUUCCAGAGGACACAGCAGGCACUGGAUCGCGGUGCUGCGUGCUCCCAGGGAGCACGCACAAGCAGGGGGCGGGGAGGACGUUUAUAAACAGCCACCUGACCCUGCACUGCUCCGUCUGGCCGUUUAUAUACA